AUGUGUUUGUCUAUCUACCAACGAUGCCCACAUCUAGGUAUUUGUUUAUUGUUUUAUCUAUUUUAUGCUUCCAUCCACAUUUUCUUUUCCCUCACUACAAAUAUGCUUUUGUUUAUCUCACUUUUUCUCCCUCCACCCUUCUCACAGCCUAUGGAUCUUUCUUUCUCUUCAUCUGUAAAAAUCCAUAUCAAUCUGCUAUCUAUCUAUCUAUCUAUCUAUCUAUCUAUCUAUCUAUCUAUCUAUCUAUCUUGUUCAUUAUCUAUGUAUCGAUCUCAUCUGUUCACAUCUAUCUAUCUAUCUAUCUAUCUAUCUAUCUAUCUAUCUAUCUAUCUAUCUAUCUAUCUACCGAUUUUUUUUAUAUUAAUGGCUUUUUGGCGAGCUAAGCCUAUUCAUAUCUAUCUAUCUAUCUAUCUAUCUAUCUAUCUAUCUAUCUAUCUAUCUAACACUUUGAAAGCCUAA